AUGUCACUCCUCGAAAGGCGGGAAGGCCUCGCAGUCACUGCGGGCCUGACUGGCAUCACCUUGACACCGCUGGUCGGGGUGAUGGUGUUGAGCUUCCGCCGUGUUAUCCGUCACUCGCAAGCUAUUAAAAUCGCCAACUUGUUAUUCCGGAUCGCGCUGCCAGUAUACAUCAUCGGCGUGAUUCUCUACACAUCCUACGCGGCCGUCAUUGCAGCUGGAACAGCAACUUACCGUACCGAGCUUCUACUCGGGCUCAUGUCGAGUCUCUUCUUGGCUUCUGGCGUUAUUCUUCUCACAAGCUCGAUAUACCUCACCGCACUUGCCGCGCUCUACAUCGCGAUGGGUAGAACAAAAUGGUGGUCGUGGCUGAGACUUGAUACACUACUGGGCGCCGGUCUCUUGUUUAUUCUUCUCAUUGCCUAUUGGGGCAUGAAUCUUUCAGACGUUGUCGAGGGCAGCUCGAGCACCUACCGGACAUGGAGGAUGCGGUGGCUGCUGGUUGUGAUCGACUUGACGCUGUCGGUGAUGUCUCUCGGCGUUGUUGGGAUUGCGUUGUAUGCGCUGCCGAAGUUGAAGAGGUGGAAUCAGAUCCCGCUUGGCAAGAUGCCGGUGUUGUUGGUAAUUGCUGCUUUCCUCUGGGCUUUCACCGUGGUAUACGGCUUAGCCACCACCAUCAAGAGCAUUACCGAUGAGUGGGAAGAAGACGAAUGGGUUGCUAACCGUGUGAUCUUCCCGCUGUUCGGUCCUUGGGUCACCAGUGCUGUUGUUUGCCUGCUGUACUUGAUCCUUCACAGCCCGGUCUGGUCUGAUCCGGCUGCCAUCCCGGCUGAUGGGAGACACGGCCCUACACAGCCAUCCUAUGGGCCUCAGCAGGGGAAUCCUCAGAUGGGCUACCAGCAGCAGCCGUACCAGCCCGGCUAUGCGCCGCCGCAUAACCCAUCUGGUUACCCACAACAGCCUCAGCAAUAUCAGCAACCGCAGUAUCCUGCGCAAGGGUAUCAGCAUACGCAGUCACCUGCUUCGUCGUUGCCAGUGUAUGCUCAUGAGGCUGAUGGGAAUCAGAACCCGCAUGUCACCAAUGUCAAAUAG